GUGACUGCUUUAUGAUGUUGUUUUAUUGUUCUUUGUUUUGAUCUCGGUCAAGAUAAAACAAUCAGAUACAUAAGGUCGUUUAUAAUACAUGAAGAUUACAUUGAGUUCUCAAUAUGAUGCAUACACAUAUUCUGAAGAGCACGGCAUUAUGGAUUUUCAUAGUGAUGGAGGUAUCCUGCGGAAUAAACCUGGGAUUGAUAUCUGGUGAUCGAAGAAGACUAACCAAUCCAUUACUAAUUAAAAAAACAUCACGUCACUCUCCUAUCACAAUCAACAUCAAUUCUAAGUCUUCGGCACCAAUUCUCUCAAAACCACUUUCUAGAAUAUUAAAGCCAAAGUUAAAACUGCCCAAAAUUCCACUCAUCCCCAUAAUCCCACUACUCCCGCCUGUGAUACCAAAAUUACCAAUUUUACCCCCUCUGUUACCAAUUAUACCUCCAGUACUUCCUCUACCCAUCAUACCGCAUUUACCUAAAACUCUUAAAGCUCCGAAGUUAUUGAGAAAAACGCCACUUCAAAGGGAUUUAGAGAGAAAAAUCAAAACUGCAAUAAAACCACCUCCAAAAAUAAAUAAAAAUGUUGCAAAAUUUCUACUAAAUUUGAAGAAAAAAGGAACUAUUACUACAGCUGAGUAUUUGAGGUUCAAAAAGCUGUUAACUUAAAUUUAAUA